CGUACAGGAAGCGAGGAAGUGUGUACAGCUACUGAUGUCAGCGAUAGUACUCAUUAACCCCCGAAGGACAAGAUUCAGUUUAGACAGUUGGACGUUAUUAUUUUUCCCAAAAAGUUUACUCGUUUGAAUUUUAGCGAUGGAUAAGCUUCGUCGUGUGCUGAGCGGCCGGGAGGAAAAUGAAGAGCUCGGGCUAACUGCACAGGUCCUUGAUGGCAGCUCUCUCAGCUUCAGCACCAGGGUGAAAUGGUUUGUCAUAUGCUUUGCUGGAGGCGUCCUGUGCUCCAUACUAGGGUCAGCACUGCUCUUCAUUCCUGGUGGCUACAAGCUUUUUGCUGUCUUCUACACGCUAGGAAAUGUUUUAGCUUUGUCCAGCACCUGUUUCUUGAUGGGACCAUUAAAACAGCUGAAGAGGAUGUUUGAACCAACACGACUCAUAGCAACCAUUGUUAUGCUGCUCUGCCUUGUCUUGACACUUUGUGCAGCGUUUUGGUGGAAAAAAAAUGGGUUGGCUAUCAUCUUCUGUAUUCUGCAGUUUUUGGCAAUGACCUGGUGUCGCCAUGGGACCCACAAGUCACACAUAUCAAGCCCAGACUCAGAGCAAGGCCCCAGCUGUUUUGUACAGCAUCUCUUACAUUCCUUUUGCCAGAGAUGCAGUGAUCAAGUGCUUCACAACCUGCUUGAGUUAAAGCUCAGGAGGCUGCAGUUUCCAAUGAAGACUGGUCCCAAUAUGCACAAUACUUGUAAAAUACAUUGUUUAUACAGUAUUCCUUCAGUUUUUGUCAAUUUCUGCUUUGCAUUGUGAAUUAUUGCCUUUCGGGUUAAGCUUAAAGUGUUUAAAUUUUACCACACUAACUAAAUUAACAUAAUCUGUAAUCAUUGCCUUCAAUGCUUAAUAUAUUUAAGAAAUACUGAUGAUAUUCUUAUGCUUUCUGAAGUUUUUAUGCAAUUCACAUGCAGGGAAAUUACUAACUUUAUGCAGAGCAAACAUCAACAACAGCACCUUAACACCUCAAUGAAACAACGAUGUCUGUCUGUAUUUAUGCCAAGCACAUUAUCCAUUUCUUUAAGCAGUGUAAGUUUGCAGUUCUUUGUUUUCUGGGUUUUUAAAGUGGUGUUAAGGCUUAUUAGAAGAGGUGUGAAGCAUUUUCUUGCAUGUUUGACGCUUAAGGGUGUUUUUUGUUUGAGUCAAUGCUUCACUGAUGAUGCACUGGAAUGUAUACAUCUCUUCUGAGGAUUUCUUUUUUUUUUUUUUCUGCUAAUGAGAUUUUAAGAUGCUGCUUUUGUGUCUUCUCUAAUGGUCUUAAGUGUGUGCGUUCUCACACACGUUGCACCUCCUCACAAUAAAUGACAUUAAAGAAA